UGUUAUAUGUUGGCUGCAUCAUGGCGGAUCCGCUGAGCAUAUUACGCCAGUAUAAUGUCAACAAGAAGGAAAUAGUAACCAAAGGAGACAACAUAAUUUUUGGAGAGUUUUCGUGGCCCAAAACUGUGAAGACCAAUUACUUAGUUUAUGGAUCUGGUAAAGAUGGGGCUCCAAAGGACUAUUACACAUUGGAAUGCCUGCUGUUCCUUCUCAAGCACGUCAGUCUCACUCAUCCCACGUAUGUGCGGAAAGCUGCGGCUGAAAAUAUACCAGUGGUGCGACGUCCUGAUCGUAAGGAACUCUUGGCUUACCUCAAUGGUGAGACAUCAACAGCCACCGCUAUUGAUAAAUCAGCUCCUUUGGAAAUUCCCACACAAGUAAAGAGAGCAGUUGAAGAUACUUCUGAUAGUACAGCUAAAAAGCCUCGCUAUGAUGACAGUGAUAUGCAGAAAAUUAAGGAACAGCUUGCCCUUCGUCUGGAUGCCCCAAAGAAGUCAUCUAUUGUCAGUAACAUUGACAGAUCCUUGUCGGAGGCUAUGUCAAUUGAAAAGAUUGCUGCAAUUAAAGCCAAACGUUUGGCCCUUAAGAGAACAAUGAUCAAAGAAGAUGAUGACCCAGGCCUUGGGACAGAUCUACGUAGCAUGUUGGAGUUUGAUAUUGACAUGACUAAAGACAUCACCACAAAGGAGCGUCAGUGGAGGACCAGAACCACAAUCUUGCAGAGCUCUGGCAAGCAAUUUGCAACCAGCAUAAUGGGGCUUCUCAAAUCUAUAAAGGCUCGGGAGGAAGGUCGUAUGAGGGCCAGUGUUCCCAAUCCAGUGCCUACGCCAGUGUCUCGUGUGCCUCAGCAACCAGUGGGAUACUCUCGUUAUGACCAGGAAAGAUUCAAGGGCAAAGAAGAAACGGAGGGCUUCAAGAUCGACACAAUGAGAACCUACCAUGGUUUGUCUUUGAAGAGUGUGACAGAGGGAAGUCAAAGUCAUAAGAUGGCACCUCAACCUGACCUUGCACCUCAGAACAAACCUGCACCUGGUCAACAGAUGAAGAAGCCAUCCCGUACACCAAUUAUUAUUGUUCCUAAUUCUCCCAAAUCAUUGAUCACGAUGUUAAAUGCAAAAGAUCUUCUUCAAGAUAUGAAAUUUGUCUCCUUAGAAGAGAAAAGAAAGCAAGGGACAAAAAGAGAAACAGAGAUCUUGAUACAAAGACCAAAACCAGGAGGCCUCACUGUCCCCUACCGUGUCACUGACAACCCUUCCAAAUUAAGCUAUGCUGAUUGGGACCGUGUGGUUGCAGUUUUUGCCAUGGGACCAGCAUGGCAGUUCAAAGGAUGGCCAAAUGAAGGCAAUCCAGUUGAAAUUUUUAAUCGAAUUUGUGCAUUUCACAUUAAAUUUGAAGAGAUGAACCUUGAUGGGAAUAUUGCCAAGUGGGCAGUGCAUGUCAUCAACCUUAGCCGGGAGCGUCGCCACUUAGAUCGAGCAAGAUUUCUGGAAUUUUGGGAGAAGCUUGACAGGUACAUAACAUUGAAGAAGCCACAUCUGCGGUCAUAACCUUCAAGUGAUAUAUUCUUCACAUCUUAUUACAAGUUUUGCAGUGAACACCACAUAUCCAAAUGAGAUAGAUUAUCAAAAGGUUUGUGUAAAAGUAUCAUAGGAUGUUGUUUGAAUUUCAUCCUAACUUAAAAGUUUUGAAAUGUAUAUUUUAUUUAACAAAUGUUGUACAUGUCUUUAUAUGCAUACACAUAAAAUUGAUAUUCAUUUUUUUAUAAUCUAGAUUCAGUUAGGAGACACAUUUAAGCAAAAUGUUUUUAUUAUUACCUCCUCUUGCUUAUAUAAUGCAGUUGUAAAUUAAUAUGAUACAUUAAUUUGAAAAUUAUAUUCUUUCAAACAAUUUUGUUUUCAUAACACAUUCUCUGGUUUUCUUAUUAUUAAAACUAAAUUAUUAUAUUAAAGUCACAUCUUGUAUACUUAUGAUUAUAUAGUUGUGUCUAAAGAGUCUGAGAAUCUGUUUUGUGACUAUUCCUGUCUCUGACAACUCCGUCAUCCUAGUACAAACUUGGAGGUGGUACCAAAUUUGUGUUGCUUGGUGUGGAAGCAGUUUUAUAGUUUCCAAUUCUGCAUUAUUUAUGUUUGCAAAUAUGAUGAGUGAAGCAUUUUACAGUUACCUUCAAAUCCUCAUUUUGUUUACAUUUGUUUUUACUAAUUUUUGAAAUAUGUUUGUGAUCUUUAGUUUCUGUAAAUUGAUAUAAUGGUCAGUGAAAUUUUAUAAAGGAUUUGAUAGAAUUAAAACAUCCAUGAAAUAUUUGUAAAUAUGUCUAAAUAUGAAAUCAGAAUAAAUGGCAUUACAAGAUUUUCAAAGUAAAAUUUAAUUUAUAUGAUGAAACUAACAACCAUUUUAUAUUGCAUGCAAUGUAUCUAGAUCCAAAAUAUAUUGCAUAUGAUAUAUCAGAAAGCAGCUUCAUUAAGAAAAGGAUAGAGGAGAGCAAACAGUGUGUUAGAGAGUAUCUCCCUUUGGAAUGAUUUUGGAGCUAUUCAAGGUGUUAUAUUUAGUAGGAUAUGUUAAAACUUUUGUGAUUGGUUCUAGAAUCUCAUCAACAACUAAAAUUGUUAAUUUCAGCAUACAUUAAGAUGCACUCCACCAUUAAUCCUCAGAGUAUCAUCACCACCUUUAGCAUCAUCUUUUAUUUACUGGGGAAAGGUCUCUUCCACCCUUAUCCAGCUAUCUCAUAUGGAUGCAUGUGUGUUUCAGGUCUUCCUGACAAACAUAUCUCAUUUUUGCCUUGACAUCUUUUACCAUCCUUAGGUUGUUUUUAUCUUACUCUAAUUGGCCAUUUGUUAUUUAUUUGUCACAUGACAUACUAUAUUCCCCAUUUUCAUGUGUUUCUUUUAAAUUUGGUUUAUUCAUUUGGUUUGCUCUGUAAUUCAUGUUGCCCUCUUUUCUCUUUAUGUUUUGCCAACUUUAUGCUCUCCAUCUUUGUUUCAGAACAAAUAAUAGAAUGCAAUGAAUAUAAUAUUUUUAAGUGA